AUGCCUGCAGCUCACUUUCCCCAAGUAGGCAGGUUCAGGCGGAAGCUUGGGGACGUGCUCGGGGAAAGCUUCGACGGUCUAUCUAGAGGCGAGUUCGCGAUGAUAAGCAGAGAUAAGAGAAAUCCUCAGUCACGGAAUUCGGGACAAGUGGAUCAUAACGCAUUCCAUGUUGUAAUCUCGAGAUAUGCAACGGCAUUUGACGCUUUGAUGAGGAGCAGCUUGAGAGUGCGUUGCUGCGGAGUGUCAGAAACCGUCGAGGGGCAACCGCGUGACCUCUUCAGGUAUACAAGCGGACGAUGGCUCUGGGACGAAGAGGAGCGGUUCCAGGAGAGGUAUCGUGUUUUCAAUAUUCGUGAGCUACAAAAUGUCGCGUCCGAGGCGGCCUCAUCGGGGCCCUGUAUCAAGUUGGAGAAGAUGCGCGAAGAAUUGUACGACAAAACUUUCAAGCUCACCAUGGCUGACGGCAAAACAUUGAUUGCACGGAUUCCCUAUCGAAACUUUGGGGCACCUUCCCUCGCAACAGCAUCAAAGGUGGCGACUCUGGAAUUCCUGAGGACAGUCCUUCGCCUUCCAGUGCCCAGAGUCCUGGCUUGGAACGCGGCAGCUGACUUUACCAACCCUGUUGGUGCCGAGUAUGUUAUCAUGGAGCUUCCAUCGGGCGACAAUCUCGCGGACGUUUGGACUAAGACAUCUCUUGAAGUCAAGAAGCAAACGGUCAAGGAUGUCGUUGAGAUCCAACGAAAGCUUCUUUCAAUAAAAUUCCUCGGAUACGGGUGCCUUUUCUUCGCAAAAGAUGCGCCACCGGGCUCUCGUCCAGUCGCGAUCACCGGAUCCAGCUUGUCAAGCGAAACAAGCCACAGAGUCGCGAAGCGAUUCUCAAUAGGGCCAAUGGUAACACCAGAGUACUGGCGUGGAGAGCGGGCCAAGUUAGACAUUGAUCGCGGUCCAUGGCCACAUCCUUUGAAAUAUAUACAGGCUCCUGCUCAUCGAGAACUAGCCUGGUUCGCAAACUAUGCCAAAUACUAUCCCCGUGAUCAUCCGACUCUGCUCUUGCACCAUCCAUUUUCUCACGAAGAUCUUAUUGAAACCCUUAGGCGUUACCUACAGCUUACGCCUUUUCUUCUACCGAAGGAUGAAAGUUUUUUGGCGUCGUACCUAUGGCACAGGGACUUUUAUCUUUCAAAUAUUUUCGUCGACGACCAGGGCCACGUUACGGAUAUCAUUGACUGGCCGAACACAUAUACGCGUCCUCUGUAUUUUGAGAACAAUAUCGCGCCGCAUUUUAUUCACCCUUCAGAUGAGCCCGACUAUACCCUGAUGUCGGCUGAGGAGCUCAAGAGUCUCAAUGUGGAUGCGACAUCAGCUCCUCUAGAUAAGCGCACUAACGCUCUGUUAUUACAUGCGUUUGACAAAUUUACAAAGGAAAGGAGCCCCUUACUCGCAAGGAUGGCGAUUCACCCGAAUAGGGACACGAGAAGAUUACCGUUCUGCCAUGUAGGCAAUCUCUGGAAAGGGGAUAUCUUGGAUCUCCUAUUGUCCUUUGUGUCUGUACAAAAUCAUUGGAGAGAAUUGUUUCGCAAAGCUGACCGUCCCUUCACAUACCGCCGUGAGAAGGAUUUGGCUAAGCUUGUCAAGGAACGGGAAGAGAAGAUGCGCUUAUGGAACGACGGAUCAGGAAUCUUAACCAAGGAGGGCUGGACGUCUAAUGAAAACUAUAUUGCAGCCAAGCUCUUCUUUGAUGAUUUCAAGCGUGCUUCAGGCCCAAAGGUGAAAGAAUGGUGGCAGUGGUUUUUAUAA